UUACAACAACAGCUUCAAUACAUUGACGAAAUUUAGCAAGGAUAAUAAUAAAGAAGAGGAUGGCUACCUCACUUUCCUCUUCCGUAUCCUCUCUACAGGCCUCCCUCCAGUUGCUAGAAUCCUCAAUCAAUAUUCUUGAUGAAGGGGUCAGCGACUUCCCCCGCCUCCGCAAAGUGCUGCAGACUACACGGCAUUUCGAACUACUCCCUGAACCAACAGUCCGCGAAGCUCAAAAGGCUAUCCAUGAUGAAAUAAACCCAAGCAUCGCCCACCUUCUGUCCCUCGCCUCCAACCACGUUGAAAAGCUAGCCCGGCGCGAACAAUCCCUCAAAGCUAAAUACGAGUUACAACAAGGCAGAUUAUCCUAUGAUGGUGACGGUGAUGACGGCGAUGGCAAUGGCCCACAUGCUUCCCGACGAAGUAAUAACUCCCAUCAGACGCGAAGGCCGCUGUCAACAGGGAGGAGUGUGACAGAGACGGCCGCGGCGGGACGAGCUGCGGAGUUGCGCAAAUUGGUGCAGAAAAAGGAGCGCUUGCAGUAUACGGUCGAGAGGUUGGAGUUGCAGUCGAAGCAGAGGGAGAGGCAGUUGAGGAAGAGUAUGGCGGCUCAGUGAGACUGUUCUUACGCAUGCUAUCACUGUUAUUAUGUACCAAGAGAGGUGCGCCCCACUACAUACGGUAUUACGAUUUUUUAUACCUCAGCUGGAAAUGCCACCUACACGGACGGAUCUUAUGAUGUCGACCUUGCACAUAUAUGAGGAAGAAUAUUGAAUUGCUGUUCACGUGGAAUUCAAGUUGCGCUUUGCAUUACUUAUGCGAAUGGUCUAACCAGCAGCCAAUGCUACACAGGUUAACGCGAGAACCGCAAUAUCGGGAUGAAUGGACGGCUGGUAAUGGCAAUGGGGUAUCGAUGAGAACACCCCUGCAUAACUAUUUAAAUUGUUAUGGCAGAGGAGACACCGUUCUGUCUGGCUAGAGUCGUUCUGAAUUACCACAGUCGAAGUCGGGAAAGUAAAGUUUUCAUAGGUUUGCCUUUGACUCUGUGACUACCGAAAUUCGGUAUUGACCUUCACAUACCAAUUUGUUAGGAAUAUGACCUGUGUCCCUUCGCCCUGGAAUGUGGGUUAUGUUGGCCCUUGAAAAAGGGGGAGGAACGUGGAGAUUGAACCGAACUUAAGGCUAGGAGCCAGAGUGUCGUUGCGGAUGAUGAAACUGAGAAUUUAAUGGGGAUUCUAGGAGCAUUGACUAAUCUUAGCUCUCUAUGAAUAUUUCGAUGCGACGCGAGUGUAUGAUAUGGUAUUGUAUUUGUUCUGUACCUGUCCAUGUUUUUGUAUGGACUUCCCAAUUGAGAGAAGAUUCUACGCCAGAACUACAGCCUAAAAAUAUCAUGUCGCUCCUCUCUAAGGAGGGAGAAAACUAUUAUACACAAUCUAUUAUACAUAUAUGAUAUGGGUCUGGCAAAAUGUGCCAACAAAGAAUUCUAAAUCAGAUCCAGAAACCGUCCUAUUUCCCUCUAUCGCAGAUCCGUAGCAUGUAAAAAAUACCGAACGCCG